CCUCUGUCACGAUAGGAUGUGUAUGUUUACGUUACCGCGAUGAUAACGGCCCGCAUAUCACGUAUGAAGGUUAUGCACGUCGCGAGGACAACACACAUUCUUACGCGCUGGUAUUCUUAAAAGGCCAACGCUCUCCGCAUGUCUCCGCGCCCCCCUUCCGAGACAUCGUCGCAACGAUACUCCGAGGGUUCCAUGAAGUUUCGCCGCACCGCCUGACGUAUGCGACAGCUGCGAUGAAAAACGCGGUAAAUGUGUACCUUGGAACGUCGAGUCCUAUUCGCCACAUAAUUUGUGCGGUAGUAUUUGUGUGAGGGGCCACCGAGAGGCCGCGGCCGGAGGGCUUCCGAGAUGAGCUAUGAAUCUGGGCUGUCUGGUAGCCUCUAUCUUUGUUCUUCAGCUGCCAUCGAUGCUCGACGCGCUACCUUCGGUCGUCAAAAUUGGUGCUAUAUUCACUCAUGACCAAAAGGAUAGCAGCACGGAGCUGGCCUUCAAGUACGCCGUUUACAAGAUCAACAAGGACAAAAUUAUACUGCCGAAGACCACGUUGGAGUACGACAUCCAGUACGUGUCGAAAGAUGAUUCCUUCCACGCAUCGAAGAAGGCGUGCCAGCAGGUCAAGCACGGCGUUCAAGCAGUUUUCGGACCCUCGGACCCGAUCCUGGGACAGCACAUUCACAGUAUUUGCGACGCCCUCGAUAUUCCACAUCUCGAGGCCAGGCUGGACCUGGAGACGGAAGCGAAAGAGUUCAGCAUUAAUCUCUAUCCCGCACAAAGUCUGCUCAACGCCGCUUAUCAGGACAUUAUGGAGUUCCUCAAUUGGACCAAGGUGGUGAUCAUCUACGAAGACGAUCGUGGAUUGGUGAAGCUUCGGGAGCUAGUGAAGUCACCGAAAAUCCGUGAUAUCGAAGUCAGCCUCCGGCAAGCAGACCGCGACUCGUACAGGCAGGUCCUCUCCGAAAUAAAGAGCAAGGAAAUUCGAAAUAUCAUCGUGGACACAAAACCCGAGCACAUGCAUCAUUUUCUACGAAUGAUCUUGCAGCUGCAGAUGAAUGAUUACAAGUACCACUACCUCUUCACGACUUUCGAUAUCGAAACCUUCGACCUCGAGGACUUCAAGUACAAUUUUGUCAAUAUCACUGCCUUUCGUUUGGUCGACGCGGAUGACGUCGGCGUACGUAGUAUCCUGAGGGACAUGGAACGCUAUCAGCCGUCGGGCAACACAAUCCUCAAUAAAUCGAGGAUCAUCCAGGCCGAACCAGCGUUAAUGUACGACAGUGUACAGGUGUUCGCGGUGGGAUUACGUACCCUGGAGCAAUCCCAUGCUUUAAGGCCCGCCAAUAUUUCCUGCGAGCUCGAGCACCCCUGGGACGGCGGUUUGUCUCUCACCAACUAUAUCAACUCGGUCGAGAUGAAAGGAAUCUCCGGACCUAUUGAAUUUAAAGAAGGCCGCAGAAUUCAGUUUAAAUUGGAUCUGCUGAAACUGAAACAGCACUCGCUCGUCAAGGUCGGCGAAUGGCGUCCCGGCGCCGGCGUCAACGUCACAGACACCGCAGCCUUUUUCGAGCCCAGCAUUGGGAAUGUAACUCUGAUUGUGAUCACUAUACUGGAGACGCCGUACGUGAUGAUGCGCCACGAAAAGAACUACACCGGGAACUCGCGAUUUUAUGGUUUUUGCGUGGACCUUCUGGCGGCGGUGGCGAGGGAGGUCGGCUUCUCGUACCGGCUGGAGCUGGUGCCGGACAGGAAAUACGGCGCGCGGGACCCGGAGACCGGCGAGUGGAACGGCAUCGUCCGAGAGCUCAUGCGACAUAAAGCUGAUCUCGCUGUCGGCUCGAUGACAAUCAACUACGCGCGCGAGAGCGUCAUCGACUUCACGAAGCCGUUCAUGAAUCUGGGCAUCUCGAUUCUCUUCAAGGUACCAACCAAACACCAGGCGCAGCUUUUUUCUUUCAUGAACCCAUUAGCGAUCGAAAUCUGGCUGUACGUUCUGGCAGCGUACGUUUUGGUGUCGGUGACGAUGUUUGUCGUGUCGCGAUUUAGCCCCUACGAAUGGAAUAAUCCUCAUCCGUGUCACCCCGGGCCGGAAAUCGUCGAGAAUCAGUUCUCCUUAUCGAACAGCUUCUGGUUCACCAUUGGAACCCUCAUGCAACAGGGCAGCGAUCUAAACCCCAAGGCUACGAGCACGCGUAUUGUGGGUGGCAUAUGGUGGUUCUUCACCCUGAUCAUCAUCUCGUCGUAUACCGCGAAUCUAGCGGCUUUCCUUACGGUGGAAAGAAUGAUCACGCCGAUAGAGCACGCCGAAGAUCUCGCCAGUCAGACGGACAUCGCGUACGGAACUCUCGAUAGCGGAAGCACGAUGACUUUUUUCAGGGAUUCAAUGAUCGAGACGUACAAAAAGAUGUGGAGAUUCAUGGAGAACAAGAAGCCGUCGGUAUUCGUUUCAACAUAUGAAGAGGGUAUCCAGCGAGUUCUUCAAGGCGAUUACGCCUUUCUGAUGGAGUCGACCAUGAUCGAUUACAUUGUCCAGAGGGACUGCAAUCUCACGCAAAUUGGUGGUCUGUUGGACAACAAGGGAUAUGGAAUCGCUACGCCCAUGGGCUCGCCCUGGCGGGACAAGAUAUCUCUAGCAAUUCUGGAAUUGCAAGAGAAAGGCGAAAUACAGAUUCUGUAUGACAAAUGGUGGAAGAGUCCCGGGGAUACUUGCAUGAGGACAGAAAAGGGAAAGGAGAACAAAGCCAACGCUCUAGGCGUCGACAACAUAGGAGGAGUUUUCGUGGUCUUACUGUGCGGCUUGGCAUUUGCCGUGCUUAUAGCGAUUUUCGAAUUCUGCUACAAUUCCAGGAGGAACGCACCGGCAGAACGGCAAAGGCCUCCGGUCCCUCCGACGCCUACCUCCGGCUCUCUUCAGGGAAUUUCUCAGACUGUGCAACAGCAGCAGCAACAACAAUGCCAGCAGCAACAUCAGCAGCAACCGAAUCAACAAGAGUCGCUCUGCUCGGAAAUGGCACGCGAGCUCUGCCGCGCUUUACGCUGCCGCGCGUCGUCCCGACGACGGCGUACCUGCGACAAAUGUUCUACGCACGUGAUCGGCUACCCGCCGGACAAUCCCACUGCCACUCCCGUAAACGGGAUGAGGUCCCAGAGAAGCAGCCUGGCCGUACCCGUAGUCGAACUGCCUCCACACAUCCACAUGCAUCAUCACGCACCGCCGCACGACUAUGACGGCAAUUAGAAUUAUUAGCAAGACCAAUACCGUUGGAAACAUUGUAAUCGUAAUCAGGAACAAGUACAAAGCGUCUCGCAUCUCGCGAAAAGCAAUUGCGAUCGAUUUGUUGAUUUCCGUCGAUAGUGUCGGAGUUCACCCAAUAGACAUGUUUGCACAAUAUUGACAAAAUAUUCAUCGUUGGCGCGAUUACGAAGAAAGAUCUUAAACGUAAGUCUGUAAAGCAACGUGUGCGCCGCUUUUCCGCACAUUUGAUAAAUCCGUCGAGAGAUCGACGCUAUAUACCGAACUUAAUUGAUAAAACGGUAUAACGGUGGUUCUAAAGUGGUUUUUCUCGUAGCCGCGAGUUUUGUACGAUUAAUCAAUCCGCGGGACAGUGUAAUCGUUCUGAGGCAAAGCGUUCGCCGCUUUAUUCACCACUUUAGAAAGUAUUCAAAUACGUUGAGGUAACGUGAUUUAAUACUAUCAGGAUACCGGAGAAAAAUCUUAAAUUAAAAAGUUACGACCAGCUCGCAUGCAUAUUAAUUCUUGGAAGCCUCACGGAAGGAAAUUUUCUUCGAUAUGAUGCGAGCAAGAUCGACGUUAUCAAAGUCGACGAGUUAAGUACCUAAAAAAAGUCGAUGCUAUUUCACAGCGACAUUCACGAUUUCAACGCAACAAAUGAAUGCUUUACGCAAAUGGACCGUAAAUUUUUUAUCCCUAAAAUUAUAUUUUUAUUGAAAAGUUAUUAUACCGAGAUCUUGCACAAGCAUAUAAGUGCAAUUUAUAUGAUAUGCAAAAUGAAGAGGAAUAUUUUUUUUCAUAUUCCUCUUCUACUUUGCUCUUCUCGAAAUAAGUAAAACUUAUCCGGUAAAAUAGCUCUGAGAUCUUUUAUUUUUAGCCGAUAGGAUUUCUUUCCAUGCCGAGUCUUCAAUUGUCGCGAAGCCAUCAUUGCGAAACAGAAGUCCAUGGCAUCCUUACGUCCCAAUUUUAAUUUAAUCGACAUCAGUUCGAUCGAGAGAGUAAUAUGCAGAUGGUGAAUCUAACUACAGACGAUGAACAACCCUUCCGUCCUACGCCCGUAGAACCAAACCAUCCAGGUAUAUCUACGAUGGCGAUCACCGAUAUCUCUUCCAGCAUGUUCACGCUACUCUCGCACGAAAUCUAACGUUCGAUCCAUGCACAGAACAAUGUUUAGACACGCUCUGUAAAUGCGUUCUCUUUUUACAAGAGGCUGUCUAUGGUGUAAUUAUACACGCAAAGUAUUCUGUAAAUAUUGCCGCGAAGAAAGCAGUAGUGAGAUUCGUAAUGGGACUAUUUUAUGCAAAAUGUGGCUGAGAGUGAGUAACCGUUAGUGCUAAUCGAGUACAACUUUAGACGUUUGGUGUCAUGUAACGUGUGCUGUAAUAUGCUGAUAGCCGGCGAAUAAAUGUACGAUGAGAGGAC